AGGAGGAGGUUGUGGCCAAAGCCAGGUUUGAAUAGGGAAGUUUUGCAGGAGGUUCCAUUCGCAGUCAUCAUCGCAGUGUUUGCAAAUAUUGAGCAGGCUUCCGAGGAAGGAUCUUCUGGAAAGGAAAAGGAAAAAAACAACAACCCAGGAGUGGAAGAAAAAAAAAUUAUUUUUUACAGACCCAGCAUCAAGCAAGCAAGCACCAUUUAGGAAGGACUUUGCAAAAAUCUUCUAUAUUUCUGUGCAAUUAAACUUUGCAUGAAACUUUGCUUUUUCAAUGCUUAUAUUUUUGUGGGGGGAGAAAUCUAAAAUACCCAACAGGAUUUAUUCUGCAUUGGUGACAGAUUUGGGAUUUUUUUGAUGCCUAUAUUCUGAUUUUUUUAAUUUUAUUUUUUUGCAAUUUUUGUGUCUUGUUGGUGGUCUUAAUUUUUUAAAAAUCCUGGAGAAGGAAGAGGAGGAAGUGGGACUUUGUAAAUAGCUUGGUCGCCUUUCCUGUCAUCCGAUUUACAGCAGCAGCAGCAAUAGCAUCUUAAAAGGCAUCCCCUACCAUUGGUUUCUAUGCCUCUUCUUCUCCUCUUUGCGAUUUUCCAAAAAGACCUGGAGAGUGGACACUGAGAUCUAUAUAUUGGUGGAAAGGUUUGACUUUCUCUUCCUCUUUGACACACACAAAAAAAGGAAAAAAAUAUAUUACCAUUCAGAGACAUGGAUGUGCUCCCAAUGUGUAGCAUCUUUCAGGAACUCCAAAUUGUGCAUGACACUGGUUACUUCUCUGCUUUGCCAUCUCUGGAGGAAUAUUGGCAACAGACAUGCUUAGAGCUGGAACGCUAUCUCCAGAGCGAGCCCUGCUACGUGUCUGCCUCUGAGAUCAAAUUUGACAGUCAGGAGGAUCUGUGGACCAAAAUUAUUCUGGCACGUGAGAAAAAGGAGGAAUCGGAACAAAAAACUGUAUGCGUUCCAAAGGAGGACAGCGCAAGUAGCCAGAGUUUAGAGACUAACAGUUUGAAUUCUGAUAUCAGCAGCGAAUCUUCGGACAGCUCUGAGGAACUUUCUCCUACGACUAAGUUUACCUCUGAUCCCAUAAGUGAUGUUUUGGGUAUGGCCAAUACAGGAAACCUGAGCUCAUCCGUCACAUCUACUCCUCCUUCUUCCCCUGAACUGGGCAAGGAGCCAUCUUCCCAACCGUGGAAUAGUGCACCCAGUGACUUGCAUUCACCAGGCAAAAUUCGUGCUAGUACUGGUGGAAAGACUGCAGAAAAAGGCUCCUCGGCCAAUGGUGACGCGUCUCCAGAUGGGAGGAGGCGGGUUCACAGGUGUCAGUUCAAUGGGUGCCGAAAGGUUUACACCAAAAGUUCACAUCUGAAAGCACAUCAGCGUACCCAUACAGGAGAAAAGCCUUACAGAUGCUCAUGGGAAGGCUGUGAGUGGCGUUUUGCGAGAAGUGACGAGUUAACCAGACACUUCAGGAAGCACACGGGUGCCAAGCCUUUUAAAUGUAAUCACUGUGACAGGUGCUUCUCUAGGUCUGAUCACCUGGCCCUUCACAUGAAGAGGCAUCUCUGAAUGGGUGAAGAAGGCAAAUCCUGCGGGCUAAGAGGCUUCGAGGUUCACCGGCCUUGAAAGAAGGGAUGCGUGUUCCAGCCAAAGCAUGCCACUUUGCACCCUAACCCAGUUGCCUCCAGGGCCUCUCUUCCUUGGAAGGUCUUCAGAGGGCUGAACAAGUCAUGUGAGAAAGGGCAACGCGACCGCACGGUGUGGGUCCCCUACGCCAGGACCCAACCUUCUUGAGUGGCUUCUACGCCUUCUGCCGUGAGCACGUGCACUGAGAAUGUUAAUGAUUGGACGACUGUAUGUUAUUGAGGAUCUACUGGGCGACUGUAUGCUGAGGCACAUUGUUUGUUUUUUUUUUUCUCCUCUUGUUGUUUGAUUGGGUUUUUCAUUUAAAUCCUUGUGGUUGUUUUUGAUAACCGAGAAAGAGAGGAUGUCAGCUGAGUUGGCGGGAGGUGGGGAAAUAUGUAUGUGAAGAGUAUUUACCACAAGACGGAGUGAUCACCAAUCAUUCCCAAGGGGCAGGGGGAGAGGGGUGUAGCACCUUUUUUAAAAAAAAGAGAUAAAGAAAGUAGGGGGUGGGGACGCUAGGGUGGGGAAGUCGAGUCAGAAUGCCAGAAUGGAGGGAGGGGACCCCUUUAUCCUGUGUGAGAGGAGCUUUUGGUGUCUGGUCCAGCUAUUAAAUGUGCAAUGUGUCAAGUAGCUUGUUUUACUUGCUACAGAGCUCAUUUGUAAUCCAUUGUAUAAGCUGUGUAUUUACAAUAUAACACAACCUAUAACGUUUUCAUUAUAAUACAGAGGUUUAUUGCAUGGUUCUGGGGAACUCUAUGCUUUUCCAUUCUUUAAUCAGGACUGCCCACGUUUUUGUUCCGUUCCCCAUCCCUCCACCCCACCUCAAUUCCAGUUCAAAGCUGCUACAAUGCAAUUGGUUCAAUGUUACAUACAACCAGAUCCAGAUUUUAUUUUUGGUCCUGUUGGGUGGAUACAACCACUGUAGGUUAGAAAUUGAUUUUUUUAUUAUAAAAAAAAAAGAAAGAAAAGAAAAGAAAGAAAAUUCUCAUGCAGCUAUUAUUUUCCUUCUCUUUUAUUUAUGCCUUGAGGUCUAAUUUCUGGUUUUUUAGCUGUCAAUGCACUGUUGACCUUAAUAAUGGUGCCUUAUGCAACGUGAUCUCUUGUCGGAGGUCUUAUACAGGGGUAUGGGUGAUGUAUGCUUCAUUAAGGCUCUCUUGUCACCUGACACUUGUACUGUAUCAAAUAUGUUUUAGGAAGAGGUGGGAAGAACCUAGACUGAUGUUCAAGGUGUGCUCGUAACAAAACAUUCUUAGACAUGCCAGUACAAUAUCUCACUAUAUAGAAUAUAUCUAUUUUCAACUUUGAAAAUUCCAUGGAAUCAUCCAACCAGGUCUGCCCAUUCGAGUAUGCCUCCUUUGGGUUUCUUUCUAUUUCACAGAUGACCUUGCACAAACCACCAUCUUCCUUCACCCUGAAAAUAUAACCCUGUACUUCAAAAGGUCAUAAUUAUUUCAUGCAUAUUUAAAAGUGCAGGAGUAUGAGACACAUUCAGAAAUAAUUGCUUAAAAGGCACAAGUUCCACAUCUAUAUCUCUAGCUUUCUCUUGGCUAAAACAGAAAGGAAAUACAUUUUUUUAAAAAAAUGAAAAAAAGCAACGAGAACAAAAAGAUACCAAGUGGGUAGAAAGUUUGCAGUGUAUGUAUAUUUGUGUGUAUAUAUCAGUAAAUGUGUGUGUGUGCACGAGUGUGUGUGUGUUUGCGGGUGUGUGUAUCUAUAAAUAUAUAAAUAUAUAGAUAGAUAAUAAUAUAUUAUUAUUAUUAUUAAGGGUUGAGUUGAACUCUCAGCUAGAAAGUAUCUGAGGUUUUAAGGAGCUCCCUGUUUCCAUAGAUUUUAUAUAAACAAAAGCCAGUUAUCAACACUUAAAAUUUCAUCCAUUAGGUCUUGUAGAUUUCUGAAAGGGUUGUGCAGAGAUCAUUUUUUUCUUUGUGAAGCUUUGGCAAGACAAAGCUGUUGCAUUUCACUUCAAGAUCAGGGAAGGCUCAAAAAAAAUCUUAUGCUCAAGCUAAAUGGGGCAGCUUGGGUACUCCUUGUUUGGUGCAAUGUGGGUAAAUUCAGUUGUAGGAUUGCAUAAGAUAUUUGCAAUAAACAUUAGAAACUACUGGGAUUUUUUUUCAAUUAGGAUUUCUGACAUUGGAGCAAUAGUGGUUAACCUUUAAUCUUCCUGGUGUUUUAGAUUUCAGCUUCCAGAAGUCCUGAUCAUUGGUCAAACUAGUCAGGAUUUUUGAGAGUUGGAGUCCCAAACACCUGGAGGAGCAAAGGUUGGACACCAUUGCUUUAGAGCCAGUGAUUCUCAACCUGUGGGUCCCCAGGUGUUUUGGCCUACAACUCCCAGAAAUCCCAGCCAGUUUACCAGCUGUUAGGACUUUUGGGAGUUGAAGGCCAAAACAUCUGGGGACCCACAGGUUGAGAACCACUGCUUAGAGCAGUAGUUCCCAACCUUUGGUCCUCCAGGUGUUUUGGACUUCGGAUCUCACAAUUCCUAACAGCUGGUAAGUUGGCUGAGAUUUCUGGGAGUUUAAGUCCAAAACAACUGUGGAGGGAUAAAGCUUGGGAACCACUGCAUUAGAGCAUUGGGAAUGGUAUUUUGCCUUUAGAUGGUGGCAUGAGUAGGGUUGCCAUAGUGAAACCUAAAGAUAACUCCUGUGUCUUUAAUGACUGUGUAGAAGAGGAAAUUCCAACAUGUGCUUCUAGUUUCUUGUUGUAUGACAAGAAACACCUGAAUUCUACCCAGCCAUUAAUGGGACAUGACAUGUCUGCAAUUUUCACCCUGGCUACUAUAAUUCCCUUCAUUCUUGGCUUGCUCCAGUGCCAUUUAUUUCCCUAUCCUGGGAGCUCCUCUUGGUGUUCAUUAUGGAUACCGGGCUGGAAUCAUACUUAGUGAGCCACACUGGCCUGAAUCCAGUUGUUUAUCCCAACUAGAGUACACCUCCAUUGAAUGAGUGGAAUUGACAAUUUAGCAAAUUCUUAUAGAUUCAGGAGUCUUCCUCUAGUUGGGCACAAUUACACUUAGAUUUAGGCCUAGAUCAGCCUGCAACUUCCAGAAAUCCCAGCCAAUUUACCUGCUAUUAGGAUUUCUGGGAGUUGAAGGCCAAAACAUCUGGGGACCCACAAGUUGAGAACCACUGGCCUAGAUGUUUUCAGAUCAUCUGGAGAAGGGCCAUUGCUAUGUUAUAGGCAGUUCAGCAAAUAAAUAAAUAUCCAUCUCCAAUGCUUUUAUGAAUCUAGGAAUGAGCGUAGCGAUUAUGCUUUUAUACCUCUGGCGCUGACCUUUUAGUUUGACAGUGCAAAGUGGUUUUCUGCAAGGUUAGAAAGAGUCCUUCCUCAUAAAUAAAAGCCAGCAUGUUUUCAAAACUGCCUUCCCUGACAACAACAGCACACUUAGAAACUACAUCAGUAGCACAUUGUGCAUCUAUGUUGCGCAGCUUUUCCUGGAAAUGACAGCAAGGAUUACUAGAUCUCGAAAACCAUGCUAGAUGGACACCUGCUGUUUGUCUAAUUCUAAGUGAUGCACAUCCCUACACUGUUCGUAAGGUAUUUUGAGUUUUUGAUAUGCUUUGAAUGUGCACUUUGUUGAGAUAAAAAUACUCCAGGAGUAUGUUUUACUGUCUUUAUAGAGCUCUAAUGUAAAUAUGGAGCUUCAUUCAUGCAGGGGCUCCUCGUAGUUGGGGACAUGAAUUCACUAAUUUAUUUCGAUGUAAGGGGGAAAAAACACACCAUUAUACACCUUAGGGAUUUUCUACUUUAUAGUACAAAUCCGAAAUCCACUUGAUCAGAAUCUUCCAUGUAUGGAUCAAGGCAAUUCUGGAGGGGUUGGGUUAAGCGUGGGUGGGAUUUUCCUUUGAGUAUUUUUAAAACUCAUAAUACUUUCUGCUUAGCCACAAUACCAGUAAAAAUUGAUUAUAUUAAAUUUUAAAAAGUCCCUUGCAUUGGCUUUUUUUUCUUAGUUGUGAAAUAUCAAUAGUUCUCAACAGGGCUGUUUGCCAAAUGUCCAACAUGAAUAAAUGGCUGUCUGUUUUUUCUGGUUAUAAACAAGUACAUUUUGUUCAGGUGAUAACUGAGCCUCAAUCAAGCUAAAAGGAAAAAAAUUGCUUGAAAUUUCAGAAGAAAAUUUCUAUUCGUAACGAUUUCGUUUUUUCUUCUUUGUUCGUUUGUUUUUUGGAAGCACCCUGUUAUCUAAAGAAUCUCUUUGUAAGAUUUUUGUAAAAAAAUUGUUUUACAAGAUUUUAUUUGAAAUUGUUUUUUGCAAGAUUGUUAUAUUUCUGUAUGAAUGUAUUUUUUAUUGGAAUAACAUAAAAAAAGUUCUUAUCAGCA